CUGAGGACUUAACAAACCCAAUAAACCCACGCGUAUUAUAUUGAAGGUCUUGGUGAUGGGACCUCAAAAUGCUCCUCCGUUUGUAUUUUUUCGGGGAUUGUUGCUCUCUGCAGUUUGUAUCACUGCAAUAGAGUCAUCCACUGUUUGUCGAUCAGCAUACUUCUCAACGUUGGUAGAUAAGCAGCUUAAAGGCUUCGUUGUAAAACGAUUUAGGUCUCCCGGCCAAACUUGGUGUAGUCAAUCUUGUUUGAAAAACACCUGGUGUACUUCAACAAACUUCAAGCUUGCUCCUCAAACUUCUGAUGGAGAAGGAAUUUGUGAACUAAACAAGCACGAUAACUCUAUUGUCAAAGAAAACACACACUUGCAGUUCGAGAAAGGUGGUACUUUCUCAGUGCUUCUUAAGGGCUGUCCAACAACCAACAAUUGUGAAAAUGGAGGUGCAUGUGUGUAUGACGAGAAAAAACAAUCCUAUUCAUGCCAGUGCAAGCCCCCUUGGACCGGAGAAACUUGUACUGAUCUGGAAGUUACUUGCGACAGUCAUCCGUGCAAAAACAAUGGAACUUGCACAGACAGAGUCAACGAGUAUAACUGCAGCUGUGCGCCAGGAUUUUACGNAAGAAAGAAAACGCCACUUCAUCCAAGCUCUCGGAAUUUACCGUGUGCUUUUUUGUUAAAAGCAAGGAUAUAA